UUCCGGCAACAAUAGGAAACGUCAAAACUGGGACAGUAGGCAGCUCUGGCUCCUGCAGCUUGAGGUGUUCCGAGUUCACACGGGUGUAGGGCUGUUUCUGAUACUCUCGCCGCCGUCAUCUUCACCGGCGUGAACUAGUAAAGUUUGGACACACUUCUCCAUGGCCUGGGCAUCAGUUCCUGGCUGAGCCAUUUUCUUUUUGGCUUAAAGCCCCCGCCCAGAGGUCGAUUCGUCGCGGCGGCGGUGGAGAUCACAGGUCGCUCAGUCUUGCAGAUGGGUCAAGGGCUGUGGAGAGUGGCCAGAAACCAGCAGCUACAACAGGAAGGCUAUAGUGAGCAAGGCUACCUCACCAGAGAGCAGAACAGGAGAAUGGCUGCAAGCAACAUUUCUAACACCAAUCAUCGUAAACAAGUCCAAGGAGGCAUUGAUAUAUAUCAUCUUUUAAAGGCAAGGAAAUCUAAAGAACAAGAAGGAUUCAUUAACUUGGAAAUGUUGCCUCCUGAGCUAAGUUUUACCAUCUUGUCCUAUCUGAAUGCAACUGACCUCUGCUUGGCUUCAUGUGUUUGGCAGGACCUUGCUAAUGAUGAACUUCUCUGGCAAGGGUUGUGCAAAUCCACUUGGGGUCACUGUUCCAUUUACAAUAAGAAUCCACCUCUAGGAUUUUCUUUUAGAAAACUGUAUAUGCAGCUGGAUGAAGGUAGCCUUACCUUUAAUGCCAACCCCGAUGAGGGAGUGAACUACUUUAUGUCCAAGGGUAUCCUAGAUGAUUCGCCAAAGGAAAUAGCAAAGUUUAUCUUCUGUACAAGAACACUGAACUGGAAAAAGCUGAGAAUCUAUCUUGAUGAAAGGAGAGAUGUCUUGGAUGACCUUGUAACAUUGCAUAAUUUUAGAAAUCAGUUCUUGCCAAAUGCACUGAGAGAAUUUUUUCGUCAUAUCCAUGCCCCUGAAGAGCGUGGAGAAUAUCUUGAAACUCUUAUAACAAAGUUCUCACAUAGGUUCUGUGCUUGUAAUCCUGAUUUAAUGCGGGAACUUGGCCUUAGUCCUGACGCUGUUUAUGUACUGUGCUACUCUUUGAUUCUACUUUCCAUUGACCUCACUAGCCCUCAUGUGAAGAAUAAGAUGUCAAAAAGAGAAUUUAUUAGAAAUACUCGUCGUGCUGCUCAAAACAUUAGUGAAGAUUUUGUAGGGCACCUUUAUGACAACAUCUACCUUAUUGGCCAUGUGGCUGCAUAAAAGCACAAUUACUAGGACUUCAACUUUCUACUUCAGACUAAAAGCUACCCAAGGACUUAUUUAGCAAAUAUGGGGGUUUCAUCAGUGCUGGCCCUUCUAGCCUCUGUAUACAAUCAAGCUUGAGUAUACAACCUCUUUUUCUUUCACUAUUUUCUUUUUUAGUAAUUUCCUUGGAGAACUAAGUAACUUUGGAGAAUUUUUCUUAAUUUUGCUUAUCAUGUUUUACACAAAGCACAGCCAUUGUCUAACAGAACUAUUGAAAGAAUGUUAAACUGACACACAUUAUACUCUAUAAGAUGGUGUAUUUGUGCAGUAGAUUUGCCUGAAAAACUUUAUCCAUUUACAUUCUUUUUUAAGAUUCCAUAUAAUGUGUACAUAUUUAACUAAAGAGAUUUAUAAUCAUAAUUAUUUUAUUGUAAAGAUUUUAACUAAAGUUUUUUUCCUUUUCUCUCAAACUGGGUUCUGAAAUUUAUUUGGUUCUUAUCUGAGAAUAUUGUUGUCUUUGUAAAAGUAGGAUCUGACGUCAAAUGGAAACCAAUACCAGCUAUCCUUGUCUUUGGACUUCCAAGAGUGUUGGUUUGUUACUAUAUUACUAUGCAAAACUCGUACUUACUUGUAUAAUAUAAAUUUAUCAUUUGAUUCUUCAUUUUUUAAACUUCUGAGUUAAUCAGUUCUCAGUAAGUCCUUUAAACCACUUAAGAUUUAAAAAUGUGUCUGAAUUUAACAUCUACACUUAUCAGAACAGAAUAAAUGUUAUUAGAACUCUGAUAAAUCUUUGCUUACUUAUAGCUGAACUAAUCACACUUUACUCUUUUCCUAAAAAUCUUGAUAAUCUCUGUUCAGAAUUCAUUGAGAAAGGGAUAUUGUGACGAUGGUAUAUAGUCUUUGUUCAUUCAUUUGGUAAAUAUUCAUCAAGGGACUUCCAUGUGCUAAGCACUGUACUAGGUAUUAGUAAUACCUAGACAUCAGCUCUGCAUUCACAGGUGUUACAUCAUUGGACAAACCCUACUAAAUGGAGAGCAAAUGUAUUCAGUGUGUCUUAAUUAAUAAUUAUUUAGUGGUUAAAGAGUGUUGGAUUUACACAGCAUUGGAUUGAUAGAGAACAUUGUAUUUAUAUAGUAAGUUAAACAACAAAAGGUUUGGAGUGAACAGAAUAUGAUGGUAGAGCUGCUAGCUUGAGGUAAGGGAGUUGGAGUAGAGACUUCUUACUAGAAGUGUAGAAUCCUGGCUUCCUUUCAGAUCUGACCCUAAAUCCAUAUAGAUUUUUAAUAUUACAGCUGCAGUAGUAUACUAUAGAUUUUUAAAGGACAAAAAUAAGGUAAUCAAAUCAUUUUUAAUGUCAGAAGAACUUUUAAACUGAUACAAAACAAUGUCUAGAUUCUGAAUCAAAUAAGUAAUGUUUACAUGUAUAUAAUUUUGAAUUCCAUUACAAAAUAAUUCUAAUUUGUAAAGUUCAAACUAAUUUAUUAAGCUUCAAAAGACAAAGAACAGUGUAAUGUAUUUUAUUUUUGUUUCUGUGUUCCAGUAUGUGGCACAUAGACCUCUCUGUCUACUCCUUUCCCUCCCCCCCCUCCAUCCCUCUUAAUUGUCAUCUUUUUAAAUUUCACUCUCUUUUCUUUUUUACUAGCUCCCAUUUCCCAAUUUUUUCCCCUUUUAUCAGUCUUAUUUUCUACUACGGUCUAAUUAUAAAUGUGGAUUAGCAAUACCUUUUUCAACAUUUUCUUAUGGAAAUUUUCAAACAUGUAGAAACAUUGACAUAUUUUACAGAGGAUGCCUAUAUACAUGCCACCUGGAUUCUACGAUUAAAAUUUUACUAUAUUUAUUUUAUUACAUAUUUAUCCAUCCCUCUUUCCAUUAGUGAAUCCAUUUUAUUAGUUUGGUACAGGUUAAAAUAAGUUUCAAACAAUAUACUUCAUUUCUAAAGACUUAAGCUUGCAUAUCUUUAAUUAAAAGUCUAUUUUUUUAGCUUUUUUCCUUUGAGGUAAAACUUACAUUCAGUGAAAUGCAGAAAUAUCAUGCAUACUGAUCAGUGAAACCUCACAAAGACAUGUACCUGUGCAAACCAAACCAAUGUGACCAUAGAGACCCAUUUAGGCCGUCCUCCCAUCCACUACCUUAUUCUUGUCAUAUAUAACAUACAGUAUGUUAUAUGUUAUAAUUUUCCUUGAGCAAGCAUACACACUUUAAAUAAAUUUUUUAAAAAUACCCUUUAAUUCUUACCCAGAUUAUCAUUUCUGAUACUCAUUCUUUUCUGAUGAUCCAAGUUUUCUUGCAAUAUCAUUCCUUUCAAAAUGAAAAACUGUCUGAUUUCUAUUUCAGUUCAUGUCUGCUGAAAAUUAUCUUAGUGUUCUUUUAUCUGAAAAUGUCUGAUUUUUUUAUGAAGAGUUUUUGGCUGAAUAUUUCUGAGUUGACAUUUUUCCCCUUUAAAGAUUAUUUCAUUAUGUUCUGACCUCUUAUUUCUGAUAAGGAGGCAGUAGUGUUCAAAUUGUUUUUGCUAUUGUACGAUAUUAUUUUCCUCUGAGUGUUUUAUUUCAUGCAAUAUUUUUUAGCUUCAUAUUGUCUCAGGUUUUUGAGGCUCUAUAGAUUUUUUUUCCAAUCUUUUAUUCCUCAUGUGGUUUUUUCUCUUUAUCUGUAUUCCAGUUUACUAAUUUUUAUAUACUUGUUCUCUUUUUAAGCCUCCAAUAAACAUUUUUCUUUAAAUUGCUACACUUUUUAGUUCUAUAAAUUCCCUUUAGCUUUUAUAACUUAUAAUUGCCUUCAGCUUUUAUGACUUCUAUCUCGCUGCCAAGAUUUCUUAUCUUUUUUCAUUCAUUACAAGCACAUUUUCCCUUACAUCCUUGAGCAUAGUUAGAAAAGCUGCUUUAAAAUACUUGUCUGUUUAUUCCAAUAUCCUGGAUCAUAUCAGUGCUAGUAUUCUUUGGUUUCCUUUUCUUUUGAGAAUGGGUUUACAUUUUUCUGUUUCUUAUAUGCUGAAUAACUUAGACUAUGUUCUGGACAUGGUAAAUAAGAUGUAAUAGAAGCCCUGGGUUCUGAUUUGUUUCCCCAGAUCCUUCCCCCCGCCCCAAACAAAUAGACAGUUAACUUGACUAAACUUCCAGCUGUGAACUGUGGCUCCCCUAUAGUUGAAGGCUGGUCAAAUUUCAGUUCAUUUCUUUAAUUAGGCAGCUUUAUUUAGAGUCUGUUCUGUGCCUGCAUGCUUCAGGGAUCAGCCAGAAUUGGGGGCAAAGUACAUACAUAGGAUCUGAGACUGUCACUGGUUCUUUCCUUGCCAGGCUUUCCCUCUGCAUUUUCCAGCAACAGCCAUUACCCCAAACCCUAGCCUGUGGUUCUUCAAUCAAUAAAACUAUAGGUUCCACAUGAUGCAGAGUAGGACUGCCUUUGGGCUAAUUAUCAAAAUGGGAAGCUCACCCAAUGCUGUGUUCUCUGCUACCCAAAAUGAUAUUCUCUGUAGGAUCAGCUUGCUUUGGGUUGCUUUCUACUACUUUCAAGUCAUUGAAUUUUAUAUUUUGCUCCGAGUUGGUUGUUUUAUCUGUUGGAAGGUUGAAAGAGCUAUUUGGCUAUCACUUAAAGUUAAACCCUCUCUAAUUGAAUAGUAUUCCUUUUAUGGUUAAUGAUUAGGGUUUUAUUCCUCAUUCGUUUUUAAAAUAGGCGGUUAAAAAUUUUUAACAUGAUCCAACUAUGAAAACCCUUAAUAAUAAAAAACACGUACUAAAUUAAGCAUUCAGUGUUUCUCUGGGUUCUAUUAUUUUUGAAGGAAGGUUAGUCUUCAUCAUGGGAAGAAUUUUGUAUUAUAUGUAAUGUCACAUACAGUAUGGGGCAUAACCAUGCUUGGAUCUUGCCUACUAGAUGCCACUAGUGUCCCCCAAUCAUCAUGAUAUACACAUAAUGUUCCUAUAUAUUCAGGUAUCUGCUGGGGAACAAAUUACCUAUAACUGAGAACUGCAUCUUCUUUCAGAUUUAACAAUUAUAUCUUUCUAAAACACAAAUCAUCUUGAUGACACUUCAAAGUCCCCUUUUGCCCUGAAAAACUAAGUGUAACCUCCUUAGCAUGGCAUUUAAGACUUCACAAUCAGGCCUCAGCUUAUCUUUAAAGCUUCAUCUCUAAUAACAUUCCUCAACUAUGGUUUGAUCUUCCUUUGCCUUUUAUUAUAAGCUCUCUUUCUCUGAUACAUUUUUCUUACCUGUGUAUAUAUUGUUCCUCUGCUAAUCAUCUGAGAGUCACCUCAAAUGUAAUUUCUUUAUCAAAGCUCUCAAACUGUUUUACACACCACUAAUGUUAAUUGCUUCUUCUUCUGUAAACUGUGGUGCUUUGUACAUAUCUUUAUUAUAGUAGUUAUACUAUUAUUUUCUACAUGUCCAACUUUUUCAUCAAACAUGAUCUUAAGAUUAGACUGCUCCCAACCACUCAGGUUCUAUUUCAAGAUCUGAAUUAAAAAAGUGGCAGAGGAUGUUAGAGAGAAGUAAUAAAUUUGGAAAUUGAUAGGAGUGGUGAUUUUAGAAAAAGAUUUGUAAUCUGACUGCCUGGUUGUUCUGUUAUGAAUGGUAGCUCCUAGGAGAAGCAACAGGUGGAGUAAAAUGGAAAAGAUUAUCCCAAUUUUUGCAUAUUUUGAACUUCAAAGAAUGAAUAGAGCUUUCAAUGCAGCCAGAAAUAGGACUAGGGUUAAAAGUUAAUAGAGCUGGAUAUUUAAGUUGGAGUCCACAUUACUAUUUAAAGCAUAUUAAGUGACACAUGGAAAAGAUAACGUCUCGAAGUAUGGAGUAUAAAAAGAAAUAAUUGGGAAAUAUAUUAUUUUAGGUUUGGGUAGAGAAAGAAAAAAGGAGUCAGAAAAGAGGGUUCAUCAAAGCACUAGAGAAGAACAGUAUCGCAAUGACUAAAGAAAGAAAUUGUCAAGAAGGGAGCUGAUCUUUACUUUUACUGCAGCCCAAGGAAGUUUUUUCCCAUCUAUACUCAGCCUUCUUGAGUCUACCUUGCCACCUGGGACUAAAUUCUUUAAGGCUAGAAAAUCAUCGUACUGCUAAUGGCUUUUAUAUGGUUCUUGGGCAAAUAUUCCCUUACCUGAUGUGUAAUCUGAGCUCUGCCGAAACCCACAAAAGUGCUUAGGCCUGUCUACACCUUCCUUCCCCAAUAAGGGUUGUGUUGUUUCAAGCCCAGAAUGCACCAUGCCAAUUGGGUACUUCUAGUGAAUACUUCCCACACAGUCACUGGUUAUGUUUUCUAAGAUACAGAUCAUAUUUUGAAAGAGAAAAGGAGAGAAAGGGAAAGGAAUGAAGGAGAAAGGGGAAGGAAAGGGUGAAAAAAAAAGGGAAAGAAAAGAAUACAGAAGGAAAGAAAAUGAGAAAAGGAGGAGAGGGCAGAGAAGAAAAAUAGAAACAAUCCUUGAAUCUUUUAGAGCCUCGUCCAAAUUUGUCAUCAGGAUUUUUCCGGAGUUUAUUCUGGUGAAAUUAACACUCUAAUCAUAAUGAAUGCUGUAUUUUCACCCUGUUUGGGAAACUGUUAAAUCCUCCUUCAUAUUUUACCUGUUGAAAUGCUAUUUGUCCUUCAAUGUUCCCAGAUUCUGUUCCCUCCAGGACAGCUUUCUCAGUUUUCGCAGAUGGAAAUUUAAUUCUUAUGUCUUAUUCAGUUCCUAACAUAGACAUUUCCCCAGAGUAGUUUCUUGAUUUAUUUUAGCUCUGGUUCAGUUCCUGUAUAAGCAUAUAGAAAGAUGGUUUUACUAGUUCCAUUUUUCUAACAUAUUCAGAUUUUUCAGGUGUACACAAUUUAUAAGUCAUUAACUUUAAAAAUUUUUUUAAGACUGAUUCAACCUGUAUGUUAUCCUAAACAUAAAUUUAUCUCUCUAGUACCUCCAAUUUUAAAUAUCUGGAUAAAUCACUGUUUCUUUAAGAUUGUCUCCCUUGUUUAACUUCAAGAAUUGAAGUCUUUGAUCUUGUUAGUUUUCGUAAUUAUUCUUUCCAAUUUUUGGCAAUAUUAUGAAUAUCAAUGAAUACAAAGCUAAUGAAAGUUGACUCGCUCAGUUGUAAUAUUUAAAAUAACCUAUUUAUUCUAAUUGGAGCUUGUUUUUCACUGCCUAAAGUGGUUUUUUUGCUUAAAUAUCCUUAUUAAUACAACUACCUACAGUUUCUUUUCAAGCAUUCAUAAAUAAAUUGAGCCUCUUUUAGGGAGCCAUCUUAAGAAAAUAAUAAAAAUAGGGAAAAGGGAGUGUGUAUGCCCUUGAUCACAUUCUUAUAUUUUUAAAGGAAAAAAAUAGAUGGAAACACCUGGAAUCCCCAAAUUGGGGGCAGUUGUAAGAAAUAACAUAUAUUUGACUAUAUACCCAACACUAUAUUAGGGACUGAUCAGGUAGACCAAAAUACAUUCUCAUGAUGUAUUACUAUGAAGCCAUGAUGUCUCUGAAUAAUAUGAAAAACCACUUGUAAAUAUUAAAAGAUAUGAAAUUAUAUGUGUAUAUUCAUGUGUACAUACACACAUUACAAUAACCUUAUAAAGUAAGGCAAAAUCAUGAAUGGAACGAAUAAAAUAUACCAAAAUAUAA